AUGGCUGCCGUCGUGUUCGAGGAUUUAUCAGGAGCAACGACUCCAGUCUCUGAAAGCGACAACCCCUACCAGCCCCUGAUAGAAGCAGCGAAUAAUGAACCACAUCAAAUCCAAGCGCGGUACACAACACACCGCACGACGCGGAAUGAAAUGCAAAACGCUAAGAUCCUAGACCCAGACUUUGCAGGAUGGACUCUAGACCCGGUUCUCGCAAAGUUAGAAGGCCCAAACAGAGAUCCCACCUUUACUGACGAGAGGUUUUGUCUUGUUUUCUGGGGUCGGCCACCUGGGUAUAUCCGGAAAAUGAUCCAGGAUAUCCAACAAGAGUUACGCGAAGUUGCUCCAGAUUUGUGGUUUAUGCCGCUGGACAAUUUGCACAUUACUGUACUAGAAGUGGUGCAUUCAGUCACCAAGCAAGAGGUCGAUAGACUAGUAUCAACAUUACUCAAGGACAAUGCAGCAGAAAAAAUAGCGAAUAUCACACUACAACGUCGACCUCGUCUGAUCAAGCCAAUGGUCAGUUACGAUGCAGCCGCAAUGGCACUCAGCUUUGUGCCUGCUGCAGGCGAAGGCGCAGACAAGACCGCCACCGACGACACCUUUACUUAUCACCAUCUUCGACGGGAUGUUUAUGAUCAAGUAAAAGCUGCUGGAGUGAAACCAGCCUCGAGAUAUGCCGUACCAUCAGCACAUCUCACCAUAGGACGCUUCAUUAACCAGAAUGGGUUUCAGGAUGAGGGGGGGAAGUUUGACGGUGUAAAGGCGAAAAGACUGGUUCAGAAAAUCGAAGAAAUCAAUACUAGACUAGAAGCACAAUAUUGGCCCUCGACUUCUGGCAUACCAGAAGGCGGCGAAUGGACCAUAGGGCAAGAAAAAGGGCUUGACUUUCGCAUGGGUCGGCUCUGGUAUGGUGGCGGCAAGACCGUUAUACUCGGACAAGGACACGAAUAG